AUGGACAAUUCUCCGACUGCACUGUUCGAAAAUUACGAUGAAGACUUGAAGCAUUUGCUGUCUAAUUUGAAGUCUAAGUUGGAGGGGGAUGUCAAGCUCCUAAAGGGCGAGGAACGGAAAGCUGCGUUGAAGAGGGUCACAGAGGAGUUAGAUGAGGCGCAAGAGACCGUCGCUCAAAUGGAAGUCGAAUUACCGUCGAUGCCAGUUUCCAUAAGACAAGUCUAUCAGGGUCGUCUAGCUACUUCCAAGCAGGCUCUAGAGAAGGUCAAGAAGAGUCUGAAAGACGUUCGUCAGGAGAAUCAACGCAACGAACUCUUUGCUGGCUUCCCAGAUAGAGACGACCCAUACACGGAUGACCCGUCCGGCUUCUCAUCUCGAACUCGUCUCUUACAAGGGACGGAGAGGCUAGCUGAUGGUAGCAAGAGGCUGGACAAUGCGCAUCGAAUCGCUCUGGAGACGGAGGAUGUGGGUGCGGACAUUUUGAGAAAUCUUCGAGGCCAAAGGGAGCAGCUCGAAAAUACUCGGGACUCGCUCACUCAAGCCGACUCAUCUAUCGAUCGAGCGGCGGGGACAUUGAAGAAGAUGAUAUUCAAAAUGUAUCAGCAGAAAUUCGUCACAGGCGGAAUAAUUGCGAUCCUGGUUCUGCUUAUUAUCAUUGUGCUAUGGUCCAAGAUCCAUGGGUGAUGGAUUGGUUUCAAUCCAGAAAGGUGGACGGGACAGGUUGUAAUGUAUGGCUUUGACAAAGAGUCUUUGUUCGUUCUUAACCGGCCUAAGCUCCUUUGU